AUGAAGGAUCGUUACAAAGGAGGUACUAAUAAGAGUCAUAAGAAUGAGGUGAUAUUAACUUCAGGCAGUUCAAGAACUGUGCUGGAAUUUCUUUGUGCUGCAAAAGAGAAGAAAAGAUCAUUUCCGGUAUUUGUUUCAGAGGGCGCUCCAAGGUAUCAGGGGCAUCUUCUAGAAAAAGAAUUGGUUAAGAGAGGUUUACAGACUACACUAAUUACUGACUCUGCAGUUUCCAUGAUUUCCCGAGUAAACAUGGUUAUUGUUGGAGCUCAUGCUGUCAUGGCUAAUGGUGGGGUCAUAGCACCUGUUGGGCUUAACAUGGUCGCACUUGCUGCUCAGAAGCAUGCUGUCCCAUUUGUUGUUCUUGCUGGUAGUCACAAGUUAUGCCCCUUGUAUCCACACCACCCUGAAGUGUUGCUGAAUGAAUUGCGGUCUCCAUCUGAGUUGCUAGAUUUUGGAGAAUUCUCGGAUUGCUUGGAUUUUGGAAGUGGCAUUGGUGCCCCUCUUCUUCAUGUUGUCAAUCCAACAUUUGAUUAUGUUCCGCCAAAGCUUGUUAGUCUCUUCAUAACUGAUACUGGAGGGCAUAAUCCAUCAUACAUGUACCGCCUGAUUGCAGAGUAUUACUCUGCUGAUGAUCUUGUACUGCACCGAAGAGCUACUUCGGGGAAUUAAGUUUACAGUGCUGAGAUAUACCAAUUACUUGUGAUGUCUGUACGUGGAGAAGAUGUGAAAUUCAA